UUUUGCCAGUGCUGGUCACGUGACCUGUGUUUACAUCCUCUCAGCUGGUUGUGCAGAAAACACGACGGCGUUGGACCGAGAGAAAGUAUGUUAUUUGUGCCGUUGUGCACGCGCUGGAUAUAAACUGCUCGGGUAAAUGUGCACGUUUGAUCUCGAACCGCCACAUCGAUGAGAAAAAGACAUGUGGUGAUGAUGAUGAUGAUGAUGAUCUAAAGUGACCACAAAGGAUUUAAAUCGUCACGCCGUUCGUCAGUCCGUCUAUCCGUCCAUCCGAUUGGAAGAAAUAUUACCCCGGGGACGUGAAGAGAGGUCACCUUUGUGAACCUCUCCUUGUUUGUUCUUUUUUUUUCCUUUCUCUUUCUCUCUGUCUCUCUCUCGUGGUGAGAACGGGACCAUGGGCGGAGCUGUGAGCGCCGGCGAGGACAACGACGACCUGAUCGACAACCUGAAGGAAGCGCAGUACAUCCGCACGGACAGGGUGGAGCAGGCGUUCAGGGCUAUAGACCGCGGGAAUUACUACUUAGAUGGAUACAGAGAAAACGCCUACAAAGACUUGGCCUGGAAGCACGGCAACAUCCACCUUUCAGCCCCGUGCAUCUAUUCCGAGGUCAUGGAGGCGCUGAAGCUGCAGCAAGGACUCUCCUUCCUCAAUCUGGGCAGCGGGACAGGAUACCUGAGCACAAUGGUGGGCCUGAUCAUCGGUCCGUUUGGAGUAAAUCAUGGCGUGGAGCUCCACAAGGACGUGGUGGAAUAUGCAAGAGAGAAACUGGAGGAAUUCAUUACAAACAGUGACAGCUUUGACAAGUUUGAGUUCUGUGAGCCCAAUUUUGUCGUGGGAAACUGUUUAGAGAUCUCGUCAGACAGCCAUCAGUACGAUCGCAUCUACUGUGGAGCCGGAGUUCAGAAAGACCACGAGAACUACAUGAAGGUCAUGCUGAAAAUCGGAGGCAUUCUGGUCAUGCCCAUUGAAGAUCAGUUGACGCAGAUCACCAGAACCGGUCAGAGCUCUUGGGAGAGCAAGAACAUUUUGGCCGUGUCCUUCGCGCCUCUCGUCCAGCAAAACCGAAGCAAAGGCAGCAAACCGGACGCCGUGAUCUUGCCUCCGCUGUCGGUGCGGAGUCUGCAGGACCUGGCGCGCAUCUACAUCCGGCGCACGCUGCGCAACCUCACCAACGACGAAACCGCGUCCAAGGGGACAGGGCCACGCGUCCCGCAAAAGCGCAAGCGCAGGCGCUGCCGUCGUGGCCGUCGCCACCGCGUCAACACCUACGUGUUUGUAGGCAACCAGCUGAUCCCACAACCCAUCGAGAGUGAAGAGGAUGAGAGGAUCGACGAGGAGGACAGCAAAGAGGAAGAGCAGGACAAAGAGGUGGAGAAAGAUAAACCUGAGCAGCCUCAGGUCAACUUGCUAAGAGACAAGGUCCUGAGCUUGCCUCUGCCCGAGUCACUCAAGGCUUAUCUGCUGUAUUACAGAGAGAAAUAAGGAAAAGGGCUGAUGUUCUGCCUACGAUCAAGCAAUGUUUUUGUAUUGUGUUCUCUCUCUCUCUCUCUCUCUCUCUCUCUCUCUCUCUCUCUCUCUCUCUCAAUUACUUUGAUAAUGUAGCAUAAUUUAAUUUUGUUUCAAAUUUUCAAGGCAGAUUUCAAACCAGUAUGGUUGUGCUUUUACAGUAUGCUCUUCAAACGAUUUAUAAUUCUGGUUCUGAGAUCCUUUCAAUGCUGCGGACCUAAUCGGGCUCGCCAGAACAUUUUGAGGUUUCUAGAUAUCUCUAGUAGUUUGUACUCGCCGUUUGCUAUGACUAUUCGUUCAUAUUAGAGCGGCGAUCUUUAUAUUGAUUCGUCUCCCGAGCCUGGCCUCGAUCAGUUCUAACUGGCACUUUAUCCAUCUGUAAUUAGUCGAGGAUAAAUAUUUGCAAAUCAUUUCUACACUCGACGGUGUGGAUUUCUCCGUGGGUAUCUGUUUUGAAAAGAUUAUGGUUGGGAUGCACGACAAAAUGGGCGUGCAGGUUUGAAUGCGUUUUUUUUCCCCCACCCCUUUCCAUCAGAUGGUCACCCCUAAGAGGUGCAAUAUGAAGCGGGCUUCAUUGGUUAUAACUUCAAGUUCUUUGGUCCAGUCGUAGAUUAAGUUUAGUCUUUGAUUAAAUUGCACUAUUGGUAGAGAUUUUUCUAUUGACGAGUCUUUUUGCUCAACGACUUCACUCGAUUUGUGUCCUUAAAACCCCUCUCGAAUCCAGCGUUGCUCCAUUUUUAAAAAAAAAUAAUUUUUUUUCCCACUUUCCCAGAGGCUUGACAACACUCCCAUCAUGUUCGCAGUAUAACGUACAGUCUCGAUUAUCCCGUGUAGUGUGUCACAGUGUACACCCACGACAUAUUUUCCAUUCGUUAUUUCAUUUGUAAUAUAACACUUACAUUAACUCGAUGGUAGAUGCUAAAAAGUGUCCUGUUACAGAAAUUAAAAUCUUUUUUUCUUUUAAUUAUUUUAAAUUCUGUGAAAAGUCCAUAUUUUGUGCAUCUGAAAACACUUUCAGUUUGUACUCGUUGGGUUUAAGGUUGCUAGCAUUCUUUCGCAGAUGAGAAAACACACUUUCGCAACACACACUGGGUAUAUAUCAUGCGCUUAUUCAGUAAUACAGGUGGGGGGGGGGUCUCUGUUCAUACCGAAGAAACAGAUUUUGUGUCCCUUGCAUUGUAUUCUUCUUUGGAUUGUGCUUCAAGGCAACCUUCAAUUUGACGUCUUCUGUUUUGUUUUUUUUCUUCCUUAUAGCACAAAACCACACCUAUAUUCAUAUAAGUUUGAGGUAUAUAUUCAAGAGUAUUCAAGAUUUUCAGACUUGGCCAGUGUGGGACUUUUCCCCAAUGGAUAUUUUACACAAGCAACCCUUUUCAGAGUCAGGAUUUAAAGUCUAUUAUCUGCUGGAUAUAUGUACAGUAUAUAUAUAAACUAUAUGGGGGUGUGAACUCUUGAAUAAAUUCUAACGUUUGUGAA